GGAGUUCCCUCCACCGCCAUGUCGGGAUAGAACACCCCCCUCCCUCCUCUCUCUCUCUCUCUUCCUCCCUCUCCCUCUCCCUCCCUCCUUCUCUCUCUCAUCCUCCCCCACAUUAACAGCUUAGCGCAGCAGAAGCAGCUCCUCCAGCAUCCAGCAGCCAGCAUCCAUCCCUGCCUGGGGAGCAGCACUUCUACCCGGGCGCAGCACCGACGCACGGAGGGGGCGCAUCAUCUGAGUGAUGCCACAGCAUCAGUCGCAUUUCGACAAGAAAUAGCCAAACCGAGAGCCGAUCCGAAAGGGAGAGGGAGAGACCAACGCUUCAGCCUCGAGGACAGCAACUGCCCAUGAAGAUGUCUAACGCUGACAUCGUCUUAAACCCCACCGAUCGGGUGGUAAAAUCUGUCCCCUUCCCCUUGAGCCACCGCCUUACAAUGAAGGAAGUCUUUGACUGUGAAAGCAAACCACGUGUGGAUCUCCUGAAGGCCCAUCUGACCAAAGAGGGCCGUGUUGAGGAAGCCGUGGCCCUUCGGAUCGUCAACGAGGGAGCGGCUAUCCUGCGUCAGGAGAAAACUAUUUUAGACAUCGAGGCGCCAGUCACAGUCUGUGGGGACAUCCACGGGCAAUUCUUUGAUCUUAUGAAGCUGUUUGAAGUGGGAGGAUCACCAGCCACCACAAGGUACCUGUUCCUUGGCGACUAUGUCGACCGUGGCUACUUCAGUAUUGAGUGUGUUUUAUACCUUUGGUCGCUGAAAAUCCUCUAUCCAAAGACGUUAUUUUUACUUCGUGGAAAUCAUGAAUGUAGACAUUUGACAGAAUAUUUCACCUUCAAACAAGAAUGUAAAAUCAAGUACUCAGAGCAGGUGUAUGACUCGUGUAUGGAUGCAUUUGACUGCCUCCCUCUGGCUGCCCUCAUGAACCAACAGUUUCUGUGUGUGCAUGGCGGACUCUCGCCCGAAAUACACACUUUAGAUGACAUUAAAAAGUUGGACCGGUUCAAAGAGCCACCAGCAUUCGGGCCCAUGUGUGACCUGCUGUGGGCCGACCCUCUGGAAGACUUUGGCAACGAAAAAACCCAGGAAUAUUUCAGCCACAACACAGUGCGAGGCUGCUCCUACUUUUACAGUUAUCCAGCUGUCUGUGAGUUCCUACAGAGCAAUAACCUACUAUCAAUUAUCCGAGCACAUGAAGCACAAGAUGCUGGCUACCGGAUGUAUCGCAAAAGCCAGACCACUGGAUUCCCAUCCCUUAUCACCAUCUUCUCAGCGCCCAACUAUCUGGAUGUUUACAAUAACAAAGCUGCUGUACUGAAAUAUGAGAACAAUGUCAUGAACAUUCGACAGUUCAACUGCUCACCGCAUCCUUACUGGCUGCCAAACUUUAUGGAUGUCUUCACAUGGUCUCUGCCAUUUGUUGGAGAAAAGGGUAUGAAGCUUUUGUCAGUCACAGAAAUGCUGGUGAAUGUGCUGAGCAUCUGCUCUGAUGAUGAACUCAUGAAUGAUGAAGAUGAGAUAUUUGAUGCAAAUGCUGCUGCAGCACGCAAGGAGGUGAUCAAAAACAAGAUCCGUGCAAUUGGCAAAAUGGCUAAAAUGUUCCAAGUCCUCAGAGAGGAGAGUGAAAAUGUGUUGACGCUUAAGGGCCUGACGCCCACUGGCAUGCUGCCAAGCGGGGUUCUCUCUGGAGGCAGACAGACUCUGCAGAGUGCCACCAUUGAAGCCAUUGAAGCCAUCGAGCCGCAUGAUGAGGACAGAGAAGCUAUCCGUGGGUUCUCACCUCAGCACAAGAUCACCAGCUUUGAGGAGGCCAAAGGCCUAGACCGCAUCAACGAGCGCAUGCCGCCUCGCAAAGACGGGGUGAACCACGUCGGUCACUCCAUGGGAAAGAUGAAUAUGUCAGAGGCAAACGGCACAGAAGACAACAGCAACAUCGAGUGAUGUGCUGUCUGAGCGUCAGAACCGUGCCGAUGUUGCGCUGCGCAGCAAGACUUUGCUAAAUCAGAAAUUCAGGCCUCAGAACAUAGCUAUAAACCAGGCCCACAGAUAGAACAUGAAAUCUGCAGCAAAUCUAAAAACGGGCAAAAAGGUCAUUUAUUUUAUGACGAUGUGUCAUUGCACAGUUGGGGGAGGGGGGAGCUGAGGUUAACAGCCGAAGGUGGCGAUGAGAAGAGACCCGCAGGCUGCAGCUUGACUUCAAAAAGUGUGGUUGAAAGCUGUGUCUGACUUGUUCCCUUGUUUCAAUUCAAUUACAGACUGAAUUGUUGGGGGUUAUGUUGCUUUGAGUGCUGGCACACGUGUGCUCCCUUAUCACAGGGCCUGACGGAAGACAAAACUGCAGUAUCCAUACCACACAAACCCUUUUACUGUUUUAUAACGUAUUUAUUAUGAAUCACUCACAAUUCACUUCGAGAGAAAAAAUAAUCUUCUUUAUCUACAUGUUUUGCUAGUAAUAGGUCACAUCACUUUGUGAGAAAAAAAAGUCAAAUGGAAGGGAAAAAAGCAAACAGUAAAGCGAGCGAUCUUACCAAUGGACUUAAAUUUAUUGAUUUACCUUGUAGUAAGAUGCUGUUGUUCUGCAAGGGAAAGAGGACAGAAUGAUCACGUGUUCUCUCAACUCUAACAGCCAAAGCCACUGCUAUUAAGGUCAAAAUCCACUUUGAAUAUGUUUCAGUAAUAUCCAGCCUUGCUCCUUUUCUCAUAUCUGUCAGCUUCAGCCAUCUUCCAACGACAAAUAAUAACGAGGAGAUGAAAAGAACCUUUGGGAAUCUUUUUUUUCUACUGUUUACUCAUCAGCAUAACAGAUUCAAAACCAGAAUUUGACAUCUAAAAUUGUUGCUGGCCUGCGUGAAGAGCCUAAUUCAUUAGCAUGUGCAGGUGAAUCUCAAUGGGUCCUCUUCCUGUCCAGAUCAACAAAAGGUUAUUUACAUAUCACAUUUGAAGAGCAUGGCACCUUGACAUCCUCACAUUACAAAGAUAACACAAAAAACUUGCAGGUUAUUGAAAGUGGUUUAAAAAAAAAAACUUCUGCUGCGGCUGUGGAUCUCACUUGCUCACCUUAACGCAAGUUUCUGGACCACAAUGGAAAACAGGAUUGGUUACACUGAAGAGACAGUCAGAUUAUGUGCUGUCCCUCAAAUGUACAUCAUCGUCCAAUGACUUUUUGCACUCUGCUGUGAUCCAACUUCAAAGAGAUGUUAUGCUUACACAAAGCGCUCUAUCAGUUGGACAUGGAUGUCCUAGGCAUUUGUGAAUAAAAAAACUAAACAGAUAAGUUGUUUAUUUAGUAUUCGAAGAGCAUCAUUUCAGGUAGAAUACGCAGGCUUACAUCCACCAGGAGACUUAUUGACUUCAUUUUUUUAAGAGUCCUGAGCUUGAUUUAGUUAAGAAAAGCUACUGACAACAAAAUGCAACUUUGGUUAUAGUAAAGUUAUUUGGUAUCUUCAUUUAGACAAAAAUAUUACAUGGUUUUAUUAGAGUUAAUCAGGAAUGCAUAAAGUACUCUAUGCUUAUGAGUUGAUCACAAAAUGGUUUCCCUAUAGUGCUUAAUUUUACAACAUGUUGAUUGUUGUUAUUUUUUCCAAUUUCCCUGAACCAAUUCUAAUUCAACUGUGCUGUAGAGUGGAGGAACAUGAGAGGGAAAAACAUCCCUGACACGUGCAAUCACCAUGUGAGCCAAAAAGAACGAGUCCCAUGUAGACAGUGUGUUGAAAUACUAAUUGUGACAUUCUUUUCUAUAGUAAAAAUGCUGCCAUCUUGUUGUUGAGAAUUCUCUGAGGUGAAUUGAAGAAAAGAAAAACAAUUUAAGCUGGUUCUUUUAAAAUAUCUUAAAUGGAAAGCUAAAGACCUGUGAAGCUCCAACCAACAUCCAUCUAUGAAUUCCUAGAAUUUCUUGUCAUUCAUGAAUAUUUUUUCUAAUUUAUAUUCCAUCUUUCUAAUCAAUUAUAGGAGUAUGUGAACUAAGGAUGGACAAAAAGUGACUUUUAACACAACACAUCUAUGAUAUGGAACGCAUCAAUGCAUGCAAUUAAGUUCCUAAUUGUUACGUGAGAUUAUAAUCGUGAUAGUUGUGUUUCAAAUAGUAAACUUGAAUUAUUUAUUUUUUAAUUAUAUUUGUAGUUUUAUUUGUCUUGUUUUCUACACAUUUUUAUAAAUAGGCUUCCUUUGAUUUUUUCAUCCAUUCUUUUCUUUUUCAUCAUUUUAUUUAUGACCACUGCUUUUAAUUUUAUAUUGAUUUGUCGUAUGCAGAGAUGCCCUUUUAAGGUGCGACGCCUUGUGUUCUAUUUUUUCUGUUGUACUGAUGUACAGAAAAUGUUCAAUAGUGUGAAUGAAUAUAAUCCCAGUGAAAAGCAACUUUUCAGGCUGCCAAAGCAUGUUAGCAUGGAAUUCAAAUGUAAAUGAACUGGACACAAAGAAAAUCAGGUGUCACACUUACAUUUACAGGAAACAUUGUAUUCUGGUUAUAUUUACUGCUAUUAUUAUCGUUACAAGUUAGCUUAUGGUUAUUUUCCUUCCUCUGUUUCUGGUUCUUGUAUGGUCUACAUGCAUAUUUCAGCAAAGGAAUAUAAUGGAUUUGAUCUUGCAGCAUUUUUUUUUAUUAUGUAUGGAAAUAUGUUUUGGCAUUUGACCUCCUAAAUAAUACACACAUUGUAAGCAUGCCCUAUGGGACAAAUCACAUUUUUUUACUCUUGAAUAAAAUAU